CUCAGUGCCUCUUUGCUUGACAUGGGAAAACCAAAAGAAAUCAGCCAAGACCUCAGAGACUCGUUUUACUGUGGAUAUAUAUACUUUUGUACCUGUUUCCUCCAGCAUCUUCACAAGGAUCAACUGCAGCAGAAAAUCGUGUGUCCUGGGAUUGUGGCAUGCCUUAUUGCUUCCCCCAAUGGCCUGUACUUGCUGGCAGGCAUUGCUGAGGCCAUCUACUUCUGGGAGGUCUCCACUGGGAAUUUGCUAGCCAUCUUGAAUCGCCAUUACCAAGACCUGACCUGCCUUCGCUUCACUGACGACAGCAGCCAUUUUAUCUCAGGAGGCAAAGACAACCUGGCACUGGUCUGGAGUCUGGCCAGUGUAGUUCAGCUGGACCCAUCACUCACCCCCGAGCCUCGCCAUGUCCUGUGCCGUCACUCUCUCCCCAUCACUGACAUCCACUGUGGCCUGAUGGGACCCCAAUCUCGAGUAGCUACUGCAUCCUUGGAUCAGACUGUCAAGCUAUGGGAGCUAUCCUCAGGUGAGAUGCUCCUGUCUGUUCUCUUUGACGUGGGCAUCAUGUCAGUGACCCUUGACCCCUGCGAGUACUGCCUCUUCUGUGGCGGUAGCGACGGCGGUAUAGUCCAAGUGUCCCUCUGCAGCCAGAGCCUAAGUCGGGAUAAGACAUUCCAGUCGGACAACGAGGGUAACCAGGUUUUCAAAGGACACAGGCAGCUAGUGACCUGUCUGUCUGUGUCUAUGGACGGCACUCUCCUCCUCUCGGGGUCCCACGACGACACCAUACGACUGUGGGACAUCCAAAGCAAGUAGAGCAUCCGCAGCAUCAACCACAAAGGUCCCUGUGGACAAACAGAGGCUGAUCUACAUGGGUAGGCAGCUUGAAGAUGGCAAGACACUGGAACACUGACAUCAAAAAAGGCCCUAAAUGAGACCUAUUUGGAGAAAGCAGACAAACUCUACUCCCUAAUGACUGCCGUAACAGACAAGGUGUUUAGCAUCGACGAGAAUCUUCAUUUCUGUCACAAAAUGGGUACAGUAUGAUCGCCAUGGUUGGUAGGUAUCCUUCACGCUAUCUCUCAAGCAGAACUUUAAACCUCUCAUUAAAAUAGAAAGAAAAUGGUGGUGUUAAAUAGGGAAAAGUGGAGUGUUUGAUUUACCCUGUGGCACUAGCCAGAAUUCUGUGAGUUUUGUUUUUCAGCUUACACUACCUGUAGAAAACAUGGAUUUGGUUGUGUAGAGCUGCUGGGCAGUGUACAACUGCAGAAUGGUUUUCUUUUCACAAUCCUUCAAAAAGAAACGCACAAUUAAACUGCUGUCAAAAAGGGAAGAGUUUGAGUUCUGAAAUCGCCCUUCCUCUCAUCACUGCUAAUUCUCCACUGAGGGCACUACGUUAGAGGCAGCCACAUAGAAACAGCUGUUGAUUUUAUCCUCUUUUUCUCUGCUUUGAUGAGAUCUAAAAAAUAAAAAAUAAAUGAAAUAAAAAAUCAAAAGGGGUCCUGUAUUUGCCUCUUUGGUAGAGAGGGAACUGCUAAGAACAGCAGCCCUCCUGUGUAGAGAAAGCCAUGGCUUUAGAACUUCAGCCCCUGUUCACCAAGGAGAGAGAUGACUUACACACACCUCAACGUUGACUCCUAUUAACUCACUGUUGGGAGUGGGGGAUCAGGUCAGUGAGAUGGAGCUAUUGAGGACCUUGAUCACAGAUUAAUCGGAGAGUCCAAGGGUUUACAGUGAAGAGUGUUCAGUGGGGGGAUUACGUGUUCCAGUAAUGAAGACAACAAUACCAACUGGAUUUGUACUGUUUUGUUGUUGUUGUUGUGUAUUCUCCACAAUAAGUGUUUUUGUAUCUUUCUGAGAACAUGGGAAAUAAAAACAUAAACUCAAUCUGUGCAUUGUUGCUUCUUGGCCCACUUUUGGCAAUUGAUCCACUGUUAAAGAUUAGAAAAGUGUACUUCCUGGAUGCUUAAUACAAUAAUGCAAGUAUUGAAAUAGUAUUGAGCUAGAAUGAAAGCAUUGGAUAUUAUUUAUUUUCAUCGAAAUGUAAUAUAUUUACACUUUUGUCCACAUGCAUAGGAAAUCUUAUGUGAAAUUGUCUUAACUUCUGAGGGCUGAGAUCCCGUUAACGGGAUCGAUAUGACAACAGCCAGUGAAAGUGCUGGGCGCCAAAUUCAAAACAUCAGAAAUCCCAUAAUUAAAAUUCC